AUGACAUGCAAUCUCAAAGCCUCUACAUACAUUCUUAUCCAGUCGCGAUAUCAAUCGUUGUUUAUUGAUAACGCUCUCAUCUGGCCUACUGGGGCCUUUCCAUUUAUUGCCAUGCCACUCGCUACUCUUGACGACGCCCAUUGCCCAAAAUGGCAUCUGCAUCUGAUAUGA